GUUAAAGAGAAGUGGUAGUUUUUCAGAGCGUUCAGCUUUCCCCUUUUCUCCCUUCUCAGGGCUCAAAAUGAAUUUAUGCAGUGUGGGAGAAAAAUAAGCUAAGAGCAAAGGUUACCAUUCAAUCUCAAAAUUUAAAUAUUCUUCCUGUUCCUUAGCGUGAAGCAGCGGGUUUAACACCACAGAGCUCAAAAAGCCAGACUAAGAUCACCUAAAGAGCAGCUAUAAAAGCCAUGACAUUUUAACAAUUUUUGUCUCUUUGAUUUUCUUCUCCUCUCUAUUAUUUACUUUAAGUCUUGGACUGCAUUGGCUGUGUUGGGUUUUGUAGAUUUUGUUUUUAUUUACACUGUUAAAACUCAAAUCAAAUAUAUGGGGAGGGAAGACAGUGUCUCUCCCAUCUCUUAACCUCCUUGUGCAAUAAAGGAGCAAGAGUCAUUUCCUGCAGUUCUGUCAAACCCAUCUACCCAAAUGUAUUCUCACGUGUAAACAACUUCUAGACCUUUCUCCAAGGCUCUCCCAAAAAGCAGGGAGGGAGAAGAGGUGUUGAUUGUUCUUCAGCAUCAUCCAGCUUCACUGUAAGAAACGUUCAUCGCUCCUCCCUGUAUAUUUACCUGCCUUAUGAUGUGGGCAUUUGCUUCUCACCCAGGAGGCGGAAAGUCACAUAGAGAUGGAAAUGGAGAUGGUGUCCAGUACCAGUCCCCCUGAGAGAACCAUUGCCAAGGCAGCAGCACCAAGCAACCACCAGCUGGUUGUGCCCGUUGCCUCAAGCCGGUGCACCUUGGACAGCCCUGGGAAAGUAGAGAAGAAUGGACAUGCCAAAGAAAAUCUGCACACAGCCAAGGUCUUUGAGAUCCAGUCCAUGCCUAAUGGCAAGACGAGGAGCACUCUUCUCAAGGCUAUGAACAGGAGGAAACUCUCACAGCAGAAGGAGAAGAAAGCCACCCAGAUGCUAGCCAUUGUACUUGGUGUUUUCAUCAUCUGCUGGCUCCCAUUCUUCAUCACUCACAUCUUGAACAUGCACUGCGAUUGCAACAUCCCCCCAGCAAUGUACAGCGCCUUUACGUGGCUUGGAUAUGUCAACAGUGCUGUCAAUCCAAUUAUUUACACCACCUUCAAUAUUGAAUUUCGCAAGGCUUUCAUGAAGAUCCUCCACUGUUAAAAGUAAAAACAUUAACCACAAUUUUACGAAUGAGAAAAAGAAACCAAUGCCAUUCACGCGCACAAACAGGCAGCCAUGAAGAGAUCUUGAGCUCUUGUGCUGGACAUGAGGAGCGCAGUGCGAUGGAGUGCCGUGCCCACACACCUCUUGGCAGGGACAUCAUGGGGACCUUCAUGCUGAGGUUCUCCCACUCCUUGGGGCGACCUUUGGGCUCCGGGACAUCCAUCCCAGGGGCAUGUCUAAGAGUUACUCUCACACUGUGUUUGAAGUGGAAGCAAAAAUCGAGACACACUCGCUUGAUUCUUGCCUGUGGCCAUCUAACCUUGAGUGCAUUAAACACAGACACUCGCAGAGCCGCGUGCAGGCAGUGAUGAGUCACUGCUGCUGGCUCGUGCAUGG